ACAUGACGUAAUGGCAACAGCUUAGCUGUGUGUAAAACAGCAUUCAGGUCUGCCAUUGCAUCAGCUGGUAUUCCGGCUAGACACGUUUACACCGUUAUAUUUGUUAAUAACUUGUGCUACAAAAUUAGUAUUGUUUAAUCAUGGCAGAAGAAGAAGCAAUUUUUGAUCCAUCUUUGAAGAAGAAAAAGAAGAAGGCCAAGAAGACCCCUUUCGAUUUUGACGCAGCUUUAGCUGGUGGAACAGUUGGCAAUGAGCCGGUUGAGUUAGAAGUAGGAAAGGAAAACGAAAAUCCUGAAGAGGAAGAAGUAAAAGAAGUAGAUGACUUAGAUCUUGAAAGCUUUGGCAAAAAGAAGAAAAAAUCUAAAAAGAAGGCUUUCCAACUUGAAGAUACUGAAGUAGCCUCACCUGAAGUUGAAGGACAAGAAGGAGAAGCAGUUGAAGAUCAAGAGGAUUUAGAUCUUGACUUUUCUAAAAGCUUGAAAAAGAAGAAGAAGAAGAAAAAUACUGGAGCAGUUGAAGAAGAGAAAGACGAGAAAGGUAAUAAAGAAAUACAUUAUGGUUUGAAUUCAAAAGUCAACAUUUUUUACAUUUGUUUUACAGAGGAAAAUGCUGGAGUUGCCUGGACCACUGAUGGAGAUUACACUUAUGAUGAGCUUCUUAAUCGAGUAUUUAAUAUCAUGAGAGAGAAGAAUCCUGAAAUGGUAGCUGGAGAAAAGAAAAAGUUUACAAUGAGGCCUCCCCAGGUUGUGCGAAUUGGAACCAAGAAAACGUCAUUCGCGAACUUUUCUGAAAUAUGUAAAACGUUACAUCGACAACCUAAACACGUAUUGGCAUUUCUUCUGGCUGAGUUAGGUACCAGUGGGUCUGUUGAUGGUAACAAUCAACUCAUCAUCAAAGGUCGUUUCCAACAGAAACAGAUGGAAAACGUAUUACGUCGUUACGUUAAAGAAUACGUCACUUGUCAUACGUGUCGAUCACCUGAUACAAUUCUUCAGAAAGAUACUCGACUUUUCUUCCUCCAAUGUGAAACAUGCGGUUCAAGAUGUUCUGUAGCCUCCAUCAAAUCUGGUUUCCAGGCCGUUACCGGAAAACGCGCGGCCAUUCGAGCCAAAACGGCGUAAAUUACUUCGUACAGAAAAAAAUAUGUGCUGUCUUUUGUCAUUAAUGAGAGAAAUACAUUUUCUUUCCUUUA